GGGGUUGAUGGUAAGUGACUUGGGUCGGUUGGUUCGACUUCGAGAUUGGUGAUAGUUCCUGGUAAGAUGGAUGGAGAGCGCGUAGCUGUAGAUGGAUAAUUGAUGCGCGCGGGUCGUUGAAGUCGUGAUAUUUCUGGGAGAGUUGUCCGCGACAGCAACUGGCGGUAAAUAGUUGUGUUGUCAAAGAGAGAGCUUCCCUGCAGCUCAAUGGAAUCGCGAAUCGUCGCGACAGCUUGCAGCGGCUCAAUGCGGUUCACUGAACAGACGGCCAAGAACAACCCUGGCCCCACUCAGACUUCAAGUGAAAUCGGAAGCUGGAAUGAUCCGGAAAUCUUUAGCACAGACCAUAGCUUAAUUCUGGGGUUGCAACCGUUGCCCCACCCUCAGAAAAAAAAAAAGGGAAUUGGCCACUACGUAAUGGAGGGGUGGCAGUGGGAAGAGGUGGAUGAUUUUACCCCACCAUAAAACAUGCCUUGGGACUGGAUCCGAUGCAGGAGCGGGUCGGGAACUGGCGAUUUGAUAAUGCAUCAAUUUUAGAGUCAUACUUUGCCUCACGCUCACUUAAAUAGGGCUCUCACUGUGCUUACUCUCAUACAUCAUAACGAUAGCAUACACCCUAUAGUGUAGUCGUCACACUGACAACCAAUCCCAAAAAAUGGAGUCGACGCUUCCUCUGCCGUUCCUCAUCAGCGUCAAUGUCCCGCCGGGGCUCGGAGGAGAGAAGGAGGGGCUCAACCGCGAGGAAGUCUCAUGUCUGGGAACUGUCUUCUUUACCGUGAAGCCGCAGACAUAUGAGAAGAUUUUCCGUUUCCUCGGCCGCCACAACACCGAAUUCCAGCCCUUUUUCGACGUGACACAGCUCGAGUCCCGCGAUGAUGUCGUUUCUCUUAUCGACGCUGGCGCUCGCAAGGUGUUUGUCCGCCCUGAACAGCUUCCCGAUUUCGCCGAGUUUGGCUCCCGAGUAGCCCCUGUUGUGUCUGGCGCCAACCCGGCGCAAUUGACUUCUGCCACUGAGCACGGCCUUCUCGUUUCCGACUUUGAUAUCACCGCUGCCGAGACUGCGCAGUUUGUCGAGGAGGCUAAGGCGAAGAAAAUCGCUUCUUUCUUUGUCAAGCCUGUCGCUGAUGCUGACCUCGAAAAGUUCAUCGGUGUUGCGGCACAGGUUGGCGCUAUUCCUAUUCUUCCCUCGACUGAUGUAACCAGCAAGGAGCAGGCCGGAAAGCUUGCUGUUCCUAAGAUUCUUGCUGCUUCGUGGAAGUCAGACCGUGCCGAUGGCUUGAUUCCUACCGUGGUGGUUGAUGAGCAUGACACUGCUCUUGGCUUGGUGUACAGCAGCGAGGAGAGUGUUGGUGAGGCUCUCAGGACACAGACUGGUGUUUACCAGAGCCGGAAGCGUGGGUUGUGGUACAAGGGUGCUUCUUCUGGGGACACUCAGGAGCUUGUGCGGAUAUCUCUGGAUUGCGACAAUGAUGCGCUCAAGUUUGUGGUGCGGCAAAAGGGGCGGUUCUGUCACUUGGAGCAGUCUGGCUGCUUUGGCGAUUUGAAGGGUAUCAAGAAGCUGGAGCAGACUCUUGUCUCAAGGAAGCGGUUUGCGCCACAAGGCUCAUACACUGCUCGUCUCUUCUCUGAUGAGAAGCUGUUGAGGGCGAAGAUCAUGGAGGAGGCUGAGGAGCUUUGUGAUGCCAAAACCGCCGAGGAGGUUGCUUUCGAGGCCGCGGAUCUCAUCUACUUUGCCAUGGCGAGAGUUGUUGCCGCUGGUGUGUCUCUUGCUGACGUUGAAAAGAGCCUCGAUGCCAAGAGCUUCAAGGUCAAGAGGAGACAGGGCGAUGCCAAGGGCAGGUGGGCUGAAAAGGAGGGCAUCAAGACAGAGACCAACGGAGCGGCGCCACCAGCACCAGCGCCAGUAAAGGAGGAGCCCAAGAAGGACGAGAGGAUUCUGAUGAAGGUUCUCGAUGCGGGUGAAGUCACCACACAAGAGCUCGAUGCGGCCCUAAAGAGACCAUCACAAAAAUCGGCCGACGCCAUCAUGAAGAUUAUUGUGCCAAUCAUCGAUGACGUACGGAAGAAUGGCGACAAGGCACUUCUCUCAUACACUCACAAGUUCGAAAGGGCGACAUCUUUGACCUCUCCAGUACUCAAGGCGCCGUUCCCCGAGUCCAUGAUGCAGCUUCCCGCGGAGACCAUCAGGGCCAUCGACGUGUCAUUCGAGAACAUCAAGAAGUUCCACGCCGCUCAAAAAGACGAGAAGCCGUUGCAGGUCGAGACCAUGCCCGGCGUUGUCUGCAGCCGUUUCUCUCGCCCUAUCGAAGCCGUCGGCCUUUACGUGCCCGGUGGUACCGCCGUUCUGCCCAGCACCGCGCUCAUGCUUGGUGUACCGGCUAUGGUAGCCGGCUGCCAAAAGAUUGUCAUUGCCUCGCCGCCUCGCUCCGACGGCAGCAUCACCCCUGAGAUUGUUUACGUCGCCCACAAGGUUGGCGCUGAGUCGAUUGUCCUCGCUGGUGGUGCCCAGGCUGUUGCUGCCAUGGCUUAUGGCACUGAGAGCGUGACCAAGGUUGACAAGAUUCUCGGCCCUGGUAACCAGUUCGUCACAGCGGCCAAGAUGUACGUCAGCAAUGACACCAACGCCGGCGUCGGUAUUGACAUGCCCGCCGGUCCUUCCGAGGUCUUGGUUGUUGCCGACAAGGACGCCAACCCAGCAUUUGUCGCCUCUGAUCUCUUGUCCCAAGCUGAGCACGGCGUCGACAGCCAGGUCAUUCUCAUUGCUAUUGACCUGACUGAUGCCCAGCUCGCUGCUAUUGAAGAUGAGGUUCACAACCAGGCCAUGGCCCUCCCGCGUGUGGACAUUGUCCGGGGGUCUAUUGCCCACUCGCUGACUGUCAAGGUCAAGACUGUGGAGGAGGCGAUGGAGAUCAGCAACAGGUAUGCGCCUGAGCACUUGAUUCUUCAGAUCAAGGACGCGGAGAAGGCGGUGGAGAAGGUGAUGAAUGCGGGGAGUGUGUUUAUUGGGGAGUGGACGCCUGAGAGCGUGGGUGAUUACUCGGCUGGUGUUAACCACUCUUUGCCUACUUAUGGCUUCGCCAAGCAAUACUCUGGCGUGAAUCUCGCCUCGUUUGUCAAGCACAUUACCAGCUCUAACCUGACGGCUGAGGGGCUGAGGAAUGUGGGAGGGUCGGUGAUGCAGUUGGCUAAGGUUGAGGAGCUGGAGGCUCACAGACGGGCGGUGGAGAUUCGGUUGGAGCAUAUGAACAAGGCUUGAGUUGGCUGACUGCGGUUGGAUAUACAAUACCACAUUGGGGGAUUUAGUUGACCUGUAGAAAAGAAAAAAUAGAAAGCGGUCAUAACAGUCUACAAGCCAGACAGUUUCAGAAGGGUUCCGACUCCUGGGGGUACAAAGGGUUCCAAAGCAAAGGUACCACGGGUUGCGGAUUUUUAUGUUUUUUUGUUGUUGUUGUUGUUGUAGUAGU